UAUUAUAGCGACCGGUCGGCACCCGUCUUCAGUAGUCGCAGGCAGACGGGCCUCACAGCGCACGCGGUGGUUUGGAGUGCCUCGGCUGCAGCGUUCGCAGAUCACCGAUCGAGAGAAGACUGUCCCAAGAUGCGGCUGCAAGCUGUGAUUCUUGCGUGCUUGGCGGCUGCGUGUGGAGCCGAACAGCGCACGAAAAGACAAGCGAUCGUGUUCGGCACCGAGCCGCAGGUGCUGCCGGCCACCUGUAAGGACUACGCCAAACGGCCUGGCCGCUGCAGCACGCUGCGCGACUGCCCGGCCUGGCUGCAGAUCGUCUCCAAUAACCCGACCACCGGCGACAUCAGCAACCUGCGCAAGAGUCUCUGCCAGCCGCCGCAAGGCAUACCGCUGGUCUGCUGCGCGUUCGAUACGCCAGACCAAACAGCGGUGCCCAUCCAGCGUCCAACGCAGCGACCCACCCGGCGUCCCACCCAGCAGCCAACCCAACAGCCUACCCCGCCGCCGGCACCCUCUGAAGACAACCGGGAGCCUGAGCAGCACCCGAACCGCCGCCUGCUGCCCACAGACAACUUCUGCGGCAUCAACAUCCACGACCGCAUCGUGGGCGGCGAGCAGGCGGACAUCGGAGAGUACCCCUGGCUGGCGGUCCUCGGCUACGAGGUGGUGGGCACGGGCGACACUGAGUUCAACUGCGGCGGAACCCUCAUCAACGACUGGUACGUGGUGACGGCGGCCCACUGCGUCACGAACCUGCCGUCCGACUACCGGCUCAGCACUGUCCGUCUGGGGGAGCACAAUCUGAUCACCAGCCCCGACUGCCAAGAGAGAGAUGGCUUGAAAAGUUGCUCCGAACGCGAGCAAGACUUCACGCCCGUGGAGGUGCUCCCCCACCCAGAUUACAGCAAGCCCAACCGGUAUUGGAACGAUAUCGCCCUACUGCGACUGGACAGACCCGUGUCCAAAAAUGCUGGUGUCAGCCCCAUCUGCCUGCCGUUCGGAGAGGCGCGCACCCGGGACUACACCGGCAGCAAUAUGUGGGUGGCCGGCUUUGGACUCACCGAGGCCUUCGGCGACUCCAGCAACGUGCUGAUGGAACUGCGCGUGCCGGUGGUCAGCAACCAGCGGUGCGCGGCCGUGUUCCGGCGGCAGCAAGCGCGGAUUGGGCCGAAGCAGAUCUGCGCUGGCGCGGAGAGGGGCCGCGACUCGUGCGCGGGCGACUCAGGCGGCCCCCUGAUGGGCAUCGAUCGGUUCGGGCCGCCCUACCGCCUCAUCGGCGUCGUCUCGUUCGGUGUCUCGCGCUGCGGCACGGCCGACGUGCCCGGCGUGUACACGCGGGUCAGCGAGUACCUCAACUGGAUCUUGGACAACAUGCGUGCGUAGCCGGCGUCGGACAUCUGUGAUACGCAGAGGGGCGGGCGCCGGGCGUCGUGUGCUCACCGGCGGCGUCCCGCGCUGGUCGGUCGAGCCACGCCGCCGCUGGUGGAGAGUGGAGGUCGGAGUGGAUCGCCGGAGGAGAGCGGAGGUCGGUGUGGAUCGCCGGAGGAGAGUGAAGGUCGGAGUGAAUGUGCAGGGAGUGUUCGGGUUUGUCAUAGUGUACGAUACGAGAUGUCGGGCAUACUCAGAACGGAGCUCACUGCUGUGCCGUCCGCCGUUGUACAGCGCCGCCUGCGUAGAGGCGUCACCCGCCGGCAAGCGGUGUGCCGUGUUUAAGUUAUGCCUGGUCCUGUACGGUGUCACACUGAACUAUCAUUUGGUGGUGAUUGUUAUGUGUCCUUUAAUAAAAUGGCCAAUUGUG